GCGCGCCGUAGUCUCAGCGCCGCUUCUUGGGUUUCGUCCCCGGCGGUGGGAGACGGCACUGCAGGCAGAGAAAGUGAGGAAGGCUGUGAAAAUCACUGCCCGGCCACAGACAGCAUUCACACACUCACGCACGAAGAACUCGUAUGGCCAGGGCGACCUCAGGCUCCGUGGAUCGCGGCAGCGCCGUUUGGAUGGUUUCAGCUAGUUUAUGAUGGUGUUGUUAGUGGGCUAGCCUCAAUUUCACUCGUGUUUGUCACGGAGGGGAGGAGGUGAAAACUACCCGCCGCCAUCUUUUGGAAGUGACUGGGAGUGGGGAGUUAGCUUUUAAAGCUAUAACAUUCAUUGGCCAGGCUUUGGGCCUCAGCUGCUCGUCAUAUUUGCUUAUGAAUCACCAACCUGCAAACAUAAUCAACACUAACGGUUCCGGAUAGUCUAAAUCAAACGACUCGGCAACGCCACAGGGACUGUCGCGGUGCUGAAGGAAUAAACACGUCCAGAUUUGAGUCCAAAUCUGUGCUCCACUCUCUCUCAGCGCCCAGCUGCUUUCACCCUGUUCCUCCUCCCAGCACAGCUGUGUGGGCUAGUUAGCCAGAUAGCCAAGUUAGCAGCCUAGCUAAGAUUUCUUCUGUCCGGAGUCCUGCUCUUCUCAAAAACUGGCCGUUUGGACAGGUCCCUAUGCGUACACUGCCUCCCUCUGGCAGAUGAGUCAUCAGCGGGGGCUUGCGCGUCGCAGUCGCACGGCCAGAUAGUCCCCUGCGAGCGCGGCUGCCUCCCGGGCUCGCAGCAUGCCCUCCACCAACCGGGCAGGGAGCCUAAAGGACCCCGAAAUUGCAGAGCUCUUCUUUAAGGAGGACCCUGAGAAGCUCUUCUCUGACCUGCGCGAGAUCGGACAUGGCAGCUUUGGAGCUGUGUAUUUCGCACGUGAUGUGCGAACCGCAGAGGUGGUGGCCAUUAAGAAGAUGUCCUACAGUGGAAAACAGUCCAAUGAGAAAUGGCAGGAUAUAAUUAAAGAAGUAAAAUUCCUUCAGAGAAUACAACACCCAAACAGCAUAGAAUAUAAAGGAUGCUAUCUACGGGAACACACAGCAUGGCUCGUGAUGGAAUACUGUUUGGGUUCAGCCUCCGACCUCCUUGAAGUUCACAAAAAGCCCCUUCAGGAAAUGGAGAUUGCAGCUAUCACCCAUGGUGCUUUGCAGGGGCUUGCCUACCUUCAUUCUCAUAACAUGAUUCACAGGGAUAUCAAAGCUGGGAACAUCCUGCUGACCGAGCCUGGACAGGUCAAACUGGCAGACUUUGGCUCUGCCUCCAUCGCCUCUCCAGCCAAUUCCUUUGUGGGCACGCCAUAUUGGAUGGCCCCAGAGGUGAUUCUGGCCAUGGAUGAGGGACAGUAUGAUGGAAAAGUGGAUGUCUGGUCCCUUGGGAUCACUUGUAUAGAACUAGCUGAGAGGAAGCCCCCUCUGUUCAAUAUGAAUGCGAUGAGUGCCUUAUACCAUAUAGCGCAGAAUGAGAGUCCAACUCUGCAGUCUAGCGAAUGGACGGAUUACUUUAGAAACUUUGUUGACUCUUGCCUUCAGAAAAUCCCCCAGGACAGACCGCACUCAGAAGAUCUGUUGCAGCAUGCCUUUGUUCAACGUGAGAGGCCAGAAACUGUCCUGAUUGACCUGAUCAUGCGGACCAAGGACGCGGUCCGAGAGCUGGACAACCUGCAGUAUCGCAAGAUGAAAAAGAUCCUAUUUCAGGAGGCCCACAAUGGGCCUGCCACCGAGCCCCAGGAGGGAGAUGAGGAGCCAGAGCAUGGUGCUGGGCGUACAGGCACAGUGAACAGCGUGGGCAGUAACCAGUCCAUCCCCAGCAUGUCCAUCAGUGCCAGUUCUCAGAGCAGCUCAGUCAACAGCCUGCCUGAUGCUGCAGAUGACAAGAGUGAGCUGGACCUGUUGGAGGGAGACCACACAGUCAUGUCUAACAGCUCCGUCAUACACCUCAAACCUGAGGAAGAAGAAGUUUACCAUGAUGACUCAGAGGCACGCAGUCGUCCAUCUGAGGCUUCGGCAGCUCCAGCACAACCACCCCAGCGCAAACAUCACCGUAACCGUGAGCACUUUGCAACCAUCCGCACAGCCUCACUGGUAACAAGGCAGAUGCAGGAGCAUGAGCAAGACUCUGAGCUGAGGGAGCAAAUGUCCGGCUAUAAGCGUAUGAGACGGCAGCAUCAGAAACACCUGAUGGCCUUGGAGAACAAACUGAAGGCCGAGAUGGACGAGCACAGGCUGAGGCUGGACAAGGAGCUGGAAACCCAGAGGAAUAGUUUUGCUGCUGAGUUGGAGAAACUGGUCAAGAAGCACCAAGCAGCCAUGGAGAAAGAUGCCAAGUCAUUUGCCAAUGAUGAGAAGAAGUUCCAGCAGCACAUCCAGGUUCAGCAGAAGAAAGAGUUGAGCAGUUUCCUUGAAUCCCAGAAACGAGAGUACAAGCUACGCAAGGAGCAACUGAAAGAGGAGCUGAAUGAGAACCAGUCCACACCUAAGAAGGAGAAGCAGGAGUGGCUAUCAAAGCAGAAGGAGAACUUCCAGCACUUCCAGGCUGAGGAGGAGGCCAACCUACUCCGUAGACAGCGCCAAUAUCUGGAGCUGGAGUGCCGGCGCUUCAAACGCCGCAUCCUCAUCGCCAGACACAAUGUGGAGCAGGACCUUGUUCGAGAAGAACUGAAUAAGCGUCAGACACAGAAGGACCUGGAGCAUGCCAUGCUGCUGCGGCACCAUGAGUCCAUGCAGGAGCUGGAGGUGAGGCAACUGGGCACCAUCCAUAAGAUGAGGACUGAGCUCAUCCGCCUGCAGCACCAGACUGAGCUCACCAACCAGCUGGAGUACAACAAACGCAGGGAGAGAGAACUGCGCCGCAAGCAUGUAAUGGAGGUUCGCCAGCAACCUAAGAGCCUGAAGUCCAAGGAGCUGCAGAUCAAAAAACAGUUUCAGGACACAUGUAAAAUCCAGACGCGGCAGUACAAGGCCCUGCGGAACCACCUACUGGAGACCACACCCAAGUCAGACCACAAGGCUGUGUUAAAGAGACUCAAAGAGGAGCAGACACGCAAACUGGCCAUCCUUGCUGAGCAGUAUGACCAUUCUAUCAAUGACAUGCUCUCCACACAGGCUUUGCGAUUGGAUGAGGCCCAGGAGGCGGAGUGCCAGGUGCUGAAGAUGCAGCUGCAGCAGGAGCUGGAGCUGCUGAACGCGUAUCAGAGCAAGAUCAAGAUGCAGACAGAUGCUCAGCAUGACCGCGAGAGGAAAGAGCUGGAGCAGAGAGUCUCACUGCGCAGAGCCCUCCUAGAACAGAAGAUAGAAGAGGAGAUGCUGGCCCUGCAGAACGAGCGUUCAGAGAGGAUUCGCAGCCUGCUGGAGCGUCAGGCCCGUGAGAUUGAAGCGUUUGACUCGGAGAGCAUGCGUCUGGGCUUCAGCAACAUGGUGCUCUCCAACCUGGCCUCUUCUGAUGGCCACAGCCACAGCUUCCCAGGGGCCCCUGGGGGUUGGGGCUCUCAGCAUGGGGCCAGCUCCCAGGGGCCGCACUGGGGAAGCGGUGGUUCUGGGGUAGGGGGGCAUCAUGGCAGCCACCAUGGCCACCACCACCAUCACCACCCUAGUCAGAGCGGCUCCAUCCAGCAGCCCUGGGGCCAUGGCUUGCCCUCUGGCGGGCCCCCUCCCUGGGGUCACCACAGCUCUGGGGGUAGCCAGCGUUCAAGUGGUAGUGGUGGGGGAGCAAGAAACAGCCCCCAGGCGGUGCGGCGGACCUCGUCAGGAGGCCGUAGUGACCAGGGGAUGAGCAGGAGCGCCAGCAUCGCCUCUCAGAUCUCCAACGGCUCGCACCUGUCCUACACGUAAGACCGCCCACACUCUGCCCACUACAUCCCGCCUCACACUGUUCCACAAUGCCACAGGAGAAGGGGACAGGGGUGCAUCAUAGUGGGGGCUCAAGGGGGGAAUCUGAGCCCUGAGUGUCAUCUACUCUCUUUCUCUUCCUCUUCCAUGUUUUGUUAUUUCCCUAGUUUUCAGAACACCCUUCUGAAUUUUUGCACCUUAUAUGUAAGGACAUAUGUUUUUAAGGUCCUGGUUAUGAAUGAGAAAAGCUCUUAAACAUUCAGCUCAGUUCAGUUAGCUGACACAGUUGAUCCACAUAAUGUUUUUUGAACUUUGUGGAGCACAGUAAAGCUUCAAAAGUCAUUUUAGUGGUGCAUUAAAAUUGAGUGGAACAGAAUGGAAGUAUGUGAAUGUGUUUGGUGCUGUUGCCUCAGUAUGUUGAGCAUUUACGUUAUGCUGUUUGGGCUGACUGCAGUACGUUUCCUGACAGGAAGUAAGGGUUUUUGUAUGUAAAUCUGUCAUGGGUUUUAUCAUGAUCUUGUUUGCAGGUUAAUGCUUUCAGUUCACCGUCAGAGAAUUGUACAGUCUGUGUGUCUUGUCGUAAAAACCUUUGCAGUACAUGUGGUAAAACACAUGAUGUGGUGUUCAGAUAGAACUGUUUUUAAUGUUGGCAUACUUUUAAUAAAAGAGGCACAGAAGCUACAGGAUGUGGACAGAGAUAGGAAUCAUUUAUGACUUGUAAAGCCAGUCAUUUUUCGGAAAUCGGUCCGUUUCCACCAUGGCCCAUAAUUAAAAUAGCUUUAGAAUGCACUUGAUUUUAUUUCUUUCUCAUGAAUGCUGUGCCGUGAGUGAAAUUAACAACUUUGGUUCAUUUUAAAACACUAAGCACUAAUAUUCUGAAACAUUGUUAUGUUCUUUUUUUUUUUUUUUGUCAUCUGGAUAUACUUUACUAUUUACAAUGCUGUGAGAAUCCCAGAAAAAUUUGGCAGUGAUGUUCUUGUUUCUAUGUCUUUUGCCAGAUUUGGUAGUCUUGAACAGUUGUUAUCAAAGUUCCUACACAGUGCUGGUUUUCAGUAUAAGCACAUUAUAAGGCCAGGAUUGAUCAAAAUUGUCAAGGUACCGUUUCUUUUAACACAGUUUAUCUUGCCAUGUUGUCUCUGUAUCAGGUUGCUUAUGGGUCCAGGCAGCCAAAAGAGGAGUUGUAAGUGUGAACGCAGAACAAGAUGUCGGUUUUUCAAUUUGUUUUGGGAAGUCUGAAUGUAAGUAUAUUGACAUUGGAGAUGGACAGACCUGGUAUAUGUAAAGCUAAAUGGGUACAGAAAGGAAGAAGACAGGAGGAUGGAAGGAUGGACCCAUGAGUUUGUCAGUGUUUAGCAAGGUGUAGAAGGGAAUCAGAGAAGUAGGGUUUUGUCUUAGACUGCACAAAUGGAAUGUCAGGAAAAAAUUGACCUGUGUAAAUAUGUAUGUAUGAAUGGAUGUGGGUUAUGGAAAAAUUGACUGAUAUCAGUCAAAUAUCAGAUUUAUAUUUAGAAUGCCAAAGUUAACACUCAUCCCAGCUAUGCACAAGGAAGCUUUUAUUGUCUGCGAUGAAACAGACAAAAAGGCCAUUAUCUCUCUCAUUUUGUCUGCUGUUCGUUUUCCCCUUUAUCUCUUGGACCUCUGAUGCUCCCCUUGCCCCUUCCCCAGGCCUGGCAUCAGGGCAGAAUGUGUGGGUUUGGGGGUGGGAAGGUAUGUUUUGGGCAGGCUUGCGACCGCUGAAUGUUUUUGCUGGGGUGAGUGGGUGCCGCUGCUGUCGCCCCUACAAUGCCUUUGUCACUUUCAUGCCCAUCCCAGAGCUUCGGCAUCUGCCGCCUAACAGCCUCCCUCAACCGAGCAUUUAUAAUGAUGUGUACAAAAGUGAUAAAAGAAGAAAAAAUUAAAAGUCAGAAAAGCAUAUAUAACAGUGUGAUAUGUCAAAGAGAUAUAGUGAGAAGACAGCUUUAAGUGGGAUGUAUAGGAAACGUUUGUGUAUAUUGUACAUUUAGAAAAUUUAAAAAAAGGAAAUAUAAAAUUAUGAAAGAUAAACCCAACUAGAUAAAGAAAAAAUAACUGCUUGAAUGUGAAGACAAAAAGAAAAACCAGCUUGGUUUAUAAUUUUAUUUAAAGAAAAAAUAUCAGGCAAAGUCUCACAGGGAUUAAGCACAGCUGAAACACCUUUGAUUCACCCCACACCUCCACAAUCCUAAUUAGAAUUUUCCCUCCACUGACAGUGUCGCUAUUCACUGUAUGUCUGCCUGGAUUCUGUCCCUCCUAUUUUCUCUUGUUCUCUCAUAGUCAGUGGCCACAGAGAGAUCUGUGAAGUUUACUUUUAUCACAUUUCUUAAGGGUUUUAUCGCAUUCAGAAUGAGAUGAAGCCAUAACUGCCAUCAUGGUUGUCAAAUUAUUUUGACUUUUUUGAUCUCUGCUAAAGAAUGAACAGUGACCCAAGCUCUGAAUGCUUAAGUGUCUAUGCUGUCAUCUAUAAACUAGCUUGGUACAUGUUGUGUGCAUGGCAUCACUGAUUACAUAGAGAUGCCAUUAAGCUCAACCUUAACUAGCCUAUAUCGCAAGCCAACUGAGCCAUUAUUCUUUCAGGCCUCAAAGGACCUGGCCAAAUAAAGGAGAAACUAAACUAACCAUGGCGUUCUGAUGCAACAUGCCAAAACCAUUUAGCCAUCUCAUUGCUCUGUUGGUAUCCACAGAGCAGCCAUAGACAUAAAAAUCUUACAAACGUUACACAAAUGUUACACGAGCUCAUCUGUUUAUUACGCCAGGCCUUUUAAGAAAGGUCAGUCACCCUUGUAAGAAGGUCCAUCCUGCCUGAGUGCUGGAGCUGGACUUCGCAGUAUGUUUAGAAGAGAGAGGAGGUGUGCCCCCUUGUAGAAGUGUAACCGAUACAGUGUCACAUUGGAGCCCUUAUUAUACCCAUGUUUUAAUGACCCUUUUCAAAAGUGUGAGAACAAGGGGAAUGGGCAAUAACAAAGCAAGGGGUACGUCUCUGUACAGUGUGUUUACCAGUAUUCCUUCAAAUGCUUUAUUUUAAUGGUCAUUAUUUUCCUUUUUCCUGCUUCAACAUUACCAUAACAAUCCAUAUAUAACCUGUAUUAAAAUGUAUAGAUUGUGAAAAGCUGAAUGUUGGAGAGAUUACAACAAAUGUAUGGCUAUUCAUAACAAGAAAAAAACUGAAUUAAAAUGUAAACAAAAAAAUUCUGAAACCGUUAGGGGACAAAUGUAAUGUUUUGUUUGUAAUUACUCCUUUUGUUGGCAGAGGGCUACUGGAUCAAGAAUCAACUGUAAUAAAGUAAUUUUAGUA